UCUCUCUCUCUCUCUCUCUCUCUCGCUCGCUCGCUCUCUCUGUUUGGGUUGCCUUCUUAGGCGUUGGUUACUCGCACGCUGAAAGUCAAAAGUGUAUUUGUUUUUUCAAAUGCGAAGACUCAAAUGCGAGCUUUUCAUUGUCCUGCCUUCCGUUUGAUCAAGUUAUGUUUCGAAUAUCAAGGACGGCACGAAUUUGUGAGGAAUUCGUCGGAAAGUUGGGCACGGAUGGAGAGGAGAGGAGAGGAUUUUGUAGUAAUACGAUCUUAAGAAGGAAGAAGAAGAACCGCCAUCAGUCUCUAGUGUCUAGGCGGAAAACAGAGUGAUUGAAGCUUGCUUGAAUCAAUCUAUUUUAGUUACAGAGAGGAGAAUUGUGGUCUUGUUAGACAAAAAAUAGAGAUCCAUUGGAGCUUAUUUUUCACUUUUAGGUUUUCAAGAUGGAUGACGAAAAGUUUGAUUCAGAUUCGAGAAGCCCAGACUCAUCAUCACCAACAUCUCCCCCAGAGGCAGAAGACUUUGUGCAGAGCCCCCCCUCUGAUUCUUCCCCAUUCAGUGAUGAAAAGAAUCCCUUUGUGCAAAGCCCCCCCUCCGAUUCUUCCCCAGUCAGUGAUGAAAAGAGUCCCUUUGUGCAAAGCCCCCCCUCCGACUCUUCCCCAUUCAGUGAUGAAAAUCCCCUAGAGCAGAGCCCCCCCUCUGAUUCUUCCCCAGUCAGUGAUGAAAAGAGUCCCUUGGAGGAAUGCCUCCUCUCUGAUUGUUACCAAAACAGUGAUGAGUUUCCAUUAGUGCAGUGGCCCCUCUCUUAUUCCUCCCCAAACGGUGAUAAGAGUGCCCUGGGCUCCCCUUCAAGUCCUUCUACGGUGUCUUCAUCCGCAAGUCCACAUUCGGUCAGCUCAUCUACAAGUUCGUGCUCGUCAUCCGCAAGUAGGGUCUCAAGCACGCUCAGGUCAUGGAAGUUGAACAAGAAGCGUUGGUCUGAAUUCAGUGUGAUUCAAGAGGAGGGCGAGGGGGAGGAGGAGGAGGAAGACUAUAAUGACGAUAUCUACACCAAGGAAGAACUCACUACCAGGCAUGGCCAGUGUUUGAUUUGGCUUUUCGGAUUCAUAUUGCUAUUUGCCGCGCUGUGUUUGAUCAUUUUGGGCGCCAGUAGGCCGUAUAGACCUCAGGCUGCCGUUAAGACCUUCACAGUAAAUAAUUUUUACUUUGGACAAGGAUUGGACUACACAGGAGUCCCUACUAAGUUGUUGACAGUAAAUUGUUCCAUGAAGAUGGUGAUAUACAACCCUUCUACGUAUUUUGGCAUUCAUGUGAGAUUCACUCCUGUUGAUCUAUUUUACUCGGAGAUCAAAAUUGCAACUGGUCAGUUGAAGACAUAUUACCAGCCUAGAAAGAGCCGGCGGAUUGUGUCCGUGAGCCUUGAAGGUAGUAGGGUUCCUCUUUAUGGAGCUGGGCCAAAUUUAGCAGUGUCAGACAGAAGUGGAAGAGUUCCACUGAAGCUAGAAUUUGGUGUCCAAUACCAAAGAAAUCUAGUGGGGACGUUGGUGAAGACAAAGAAUCAAAGGCAUAUAUCUUGUAAACUAGUAACAGACUCCAGACUCUCCAAAGCCAUUGACGUCAAGGACAAUUCUUGUGCAUAUUUAUGAUUUGUAUUGGAUUUCCUGACAAAUGUCCAUCUUCAUGUUCAAACAUUGAGGUAGAAAAUAAUGUGCUUUCCACCAGGCAUUCUCCUAGUUCAAAUUGCUCUACUUUGAUUUCUUGUUUCUUCCUCCUCAGGGAUAAAUUUUGAUCAUUUCUGCUUCUUUUCUCCAGGAGCUUACAGUAAUUUGUAAAUGAUCAUGAUUACCUGUAAGUGAUUUUCUUCAAUGUUGCAAGUAUUAUAAGAAUUUAUUAGUUCACUCCCCUGAAUCUUUAGUUCUCUUUCCACUUCAUCCAUGUAUCAGGUUGUAGACAUUGGACUCUGAAGGUUUGUUUUUGGUUGAUGAAGAUGU